AUCCGAGGGUGGCCAUCAUUUUCCCCGGUCGAAGACCACCACCACCGUUUUGUAUGUAGAAGCACCCACAGUGCUCCCCAACGCCGUCAUGGUACUCUCACGCUCGAGCUACUACGACAACCGCAACCGCCAGUCGGCCGCCCUGAUCCGGGCCCGGCGGCCGUACUUGGUGAAGAACGCUGUAGUGGGGCUCAGCAUCUCCGCCUUUGCCAUUGGUAUUUGGGCCUACACCAUUACCGCGAUCGGUCAAGACGAGUUCGAAGAUGUCAAGGUCCCCGACGUGCCGGUAAAACCUACCUCUCAAGGUGCGAACAAAUGAGGGGAGGGCGGGCUGGUUAGAUCAAUUUGAUGAAGAGGGACACCCUGUUCCUUGUGUGCACGGUGGAGGGAGCGGGUGGGUGAAGCAGCCAUUGUAUUACUGUACAUGUACAAUCGACAUAAAACAUGGAGUUGGGGAAUCUAUGCUUGAUUCAAAGACA